AAACUUUGUAUAAGUAUUAAACUUUAACAUCUUACUCCUUUUUUUGGCUUUACCCUUUUUAUACCAUGGGACCGAAAACUUGAACUGAGAAAUAAACUCGCACAUUCAAGUUUUUGUGGAGAUAGACAUGUACAAGUACAAGAUAUACUAAAAGGACACGACAAUCAAUAAACACAAAUUCUAUAUGAUUGCAUCUCACCAUCAGUUCUACAAUCUGCCUCCUCUGCAAAAUCUGAAUCCUCCUUUUUAGAGUAUUCUCUCUUGAUUGUUACGUUUUCUUGUGAAUGUCGGUUCGUGCUGAUUCAUGUGAAGAAGAAUACUACAUUGAUGCCCUUUGUCUUCUCUUUCUCUAAUAAUACUUUAUUGGAAUUUAAUUUCAUAAAAAAUGCGCACCUUAUAGCUUAGCAUAUAUAAUACACAUAUGAGUAUGUAACAUUUGAUAAAAAUAAGGAACAAGAAUGGGUUAUAGGAGGAGUUGGCUUUUUCUGAUUUUUUCUUUGGUGAUUUUACCUGCUACCCUCUUCUCUUCAGCUUCAGCAGCACCACUACCACCUGCUAAGAUUGUUACUGGCUUUGUGUCCAAUGCGGUUUCGGCGCUUGUUAAAUGGCUAUGGUCACUAAAAUCCACAUCUUCUAAUAAACCAGUGCAACAACAUGGAAGGUCCAUGGUGAAAUUCGAAGGUGGCUACACUGUGGAGACUAUAUUUGAUGGAACUAAGCUUGGAGUUGAGCCUUACUCAGUUGAAGUAUCUCCAAAUGGUGAAUUCCUAGUUCUGGAUUCAGAGAACAGUAAUCUCUACAAGAUUCCUGUCCCAAUAUCUCGAUAUGGCAGGCCCAAAGUUCUUGCUGGAUCAAGUGAAGGGUAUAUUGGACACAUAGAUGGGAGACUUAGAGACGCCAGAAUGAAUCACCCUAAAGGGCUUACAGUGGAUGACAGUGGAAAUAUUUACGUUGCUGACACUAUGAAUAUGGCCAUCAGAAAAAUCACUGAUCAAGGUAUAAACUAG